UCAUUGAGAGAGAGAGAGAGAGUGUGUGUUAAUCAAUCCUCCAAAUAACAUUUCUUGCUCAAAUGAGUAUUCCAAAAAGAUGUAGAAUGCUACGUACAACAUAUAAGAGUUUUCAAGUGCAUCUGCUUCAUUUGUGAGAUGCUCAUUUGGGCAAGUAAUGUUAUAGCUGAAGGAUGCUAUAUUCUUUCCUUGUGAUACACCUCUCUUCACCAUCAAGUCUAGAAAAGUAUCCCAUCUUCCAAUCUAAAUUUCUAACUUUUCAUAAUAUAGUUUGUUUAUCAUACAUUGCAUACAUAUACCAGAAAGAAAGAGAAUGCAUGGAUUGUAGUAUAUUUCAGUAAGACAAAGUUGGGUUUUUCCAAAUAAAAUAUGAACACUUGGAGUUGAUUAGUGUUGCCUAAAGCAGAUGAAGAAGCUCUUGAUAUUCUUUUUCUCAAUCACACUCAUGAGUUAUCUUUUGCAUCUAGACAAAGAAAAGCAUCUCCUACAUGCAGUCAUGUUGUUGUUGCUACCUAAUUCCAAUCAAAACAAAAAUGGAGAGAAUCAUAAAAUUAGUAUUACUGCUGUGUUUGGUAGCAGGUAGGGAGGGGCUCAUCGGCGUCAACUACGGCAGGGUGGCGGACAACCUCCCUCCGGCGGCACAAGUGGCCCGAUUCCUGGCAAACUCCACCACCAUCAAUCGCGUGAGACUCUUUGACUCCGAUAGGGCAACGGUGACCGCAUUUUCCCACACAGGGAUUGCGGUCACCGUAACCGUCCCCACGGACGAGAUCCCUGGGCUGACAAAGCCGUAUCUCGCCCAGGAAUGGGUGAGAACGAACAUCCUCCCUCAUGCCCACUCCACAAACAUCGUCCGAGUCCUCGUGGGAAACGAGGUCCUCUCCACCGGAAACAGGCUCCUGAUAACGACCCUGGUCCCAGCAAUGCAGGCCCUCCACGCCGCCCUCGUGGAGGAGUCCCUGCACGAUCGAAUCAAGAUCUCCACCCCGCAUUCCCUAGGGAUACUCUCCAACUCCAGCCCCCCCUCGGCCGGAAGGUUUAGGCAGGGCUAUGAUGUCUACGUCAUCCGACCUCUGCUUAGUUUCUUGAGAAUGACGGAUUCGCCCUUCAUGAUCAAUCCGUAUCCCUUCUUCGGAGCCACGGAGGCGACGUUGGACUACGCGCUUUUUCGGGCGAACGAGGGGGUGGUGGAUGGGGAGACAGGGUUGGUGUACGGGAACAUGGUGGAUGCGCAGCUGGACGCGGUGUUCUCAGCCUUGAGGCGGAUGGGGUUUGAUGACGUGGACGUGGUGAUAGCGGAGACGGGGUGGCCGUCGAGGGGGGAGGCGGGGCAGCUGGGGGCGGAUGCGGGGACCGCGGCCGAGUAUAAUAGGAUGGUGAUGCGACACGUGGCGUCGGGGGUUGGGACGCCGCUCAUGCCGAAUCGGACUUUCGAGACGUAUAUUUUUGCGCUUUUUGAUGAGGAUCUCAAGCCCGGCCCCGUCUGCGAGAGGAGCUUUGGCUUGUUCCGCCCCGAUCUCACGCCCGCCUACGACAUCGGGAUUCUCAAGGCGGCGGCGAAUGGCGGCGGUGGAGUUCGAGUUGGACGUAGUGGGCUUGGACUGCGGCCCGGUUCACGGCAUGAAUGUGGAUUGAUCACAACUUGUCCCAUCACAUUAAUGUGGAUCCAACUCCAAGGUGAGAAGCUUUUUCAGGUUAUGGGGAUUGCAUGUAUGAGGGGAAUUGACACAGUGGGCCUACUUAUCAUUUAUGGUAAAAAAGUGAAAGUUUCAAUGGAGACCGGAUAAAAAUGGCAAAAUUGGACAAUUAAUAGGGGACGACUCACGGAGUUGUAUUUAAUUUUGUAGGGCAUGCUUCCUUUUUUUAGCUUUUCAAAGGAAAGUUUGUAAUACUGUAUUGAAUUACUAUACACUUGUAAAUGUACUGAAUACUACUAUUACGCUUUUAUUGAACAUUGCAUACCAUGUAAUAUUAACUGAUUUUUUUAUGAAAACCUGCCUUUUUAUCUCAA